UUAUCAAUACUUCGUAAGCAUUUAUUUAAACGAUUUGACAUUUGUUAUCAAUUGUGGUGCGAAUUUUUUCUUAGGCGGCAAGGGCCUCUCAGUUAAUGCUCCAAUAUCUUCCAGGAUUUUUAUUGGCUGCUUUAGUGUUAUAGUGCCUUUUCAGAAAUGACUGCUCUUGCGAGGUCGCUCCGUUUUGGGGUUUUGCAACUAAAAGUGGGAAAGAAUAAGAGGGAAAAUGUGGAAAAUGCUAUUCGUGGUAUCCUGAACAUGGUGAAGGAGUCCAAACCAAGAGUAAUCGCUUUACCGGAGUGCUUCAAUUGUCCAUACGGAACGAAAUACUUCGGUGAAUAUUCAGAAAGCAUUCCCGACGGUUACACAUGCCAGAUACUAUCGCAUGUAGCCAAAGAACAGGGCAUAUAUCUAAUUGGUGGAACCAUACCCGAAAAAGAUAACGGGGCUAUCUACAACACUUGCACUGUGUGGUCACCAACCGGUGAUCUAAUAGGCAAACAUCGUAAGAUGCAUUUAUUUGAUAUUGAUAUUGUCGGCGGUGUUCGCUUCAAGGAAUCGGAAGUGCUUUCGGCAGGCAAUGACUUCACUAUGGUUAAUAUCGAUGGUGUGAAAGUGGGUAUUGGAAUUUGCUAUGAUAUUCGUUUUGAGGAAAUGGCUCGCAUUUAUCGGAAUGAGGGGUGUGAAAUCCUAGUGUACCCUGGUGCCUUUAACAUGAGCACAGGACCUCUUCAUUGGGAGUUAUUAGCUCGCAGUCGUGCCAAUGAUAAUCAACUUUUUGUAGCAGCCGUUUCAGUCGCACGAGAUGAAUCCGCGGAUUAUAUAGCUUGGGGUCAUUCUAUGAUAGUCGAUCCUUGGGGCAAAGUGGUCGAUCGUUUGAAUGAAAAGGAAGGCUUGUUUGUUGUUGACAUGGAUCUUUCCUUAACUGAGAAGGUCAGGCAACAAAUACCUACUUCUUUUCAACGCAGAACGGAUAUUUAUUCAACUGAAAGAAAAGUAAAGGAAAAGUAAUGUACGGGGAUAGUCGCUAAGAACAAUGUGCAUUCAUUUUAUUUGCCGUUUGUAAUUGUUUUUAUUGUUGAUUUGAAAAAAUAGACUUUUUGGAAAAAAUA